GCCAGAACGUCUACCCAAGCUGAAGUAAUAACUGUAUUAAGGGGGGAGGCAUACAAGUAAAUAAACUUUAGUCUCCUCAAAACAAUUUUCGUCGCGUAUAAAAGUUAAGUUCAGAACAGAUGUUGUGUAUUUGCUGUGUUGUAGGACGCGUACAACAUUACGUUCUCGCGCGCAGCGUGAUAUAAUAUUUGAUCGAGUAUAAUUGAAUGAUAAUCGUGUUUUAUUACAUUUAUUUUAUAAGAACUUAGUUAAAGUGAAAAGUUAUGAAAUGGAGCUCCAUCCUAGAAAAACGUCAUUGAGAUAUUUACCCAACAGGCCGCCUGUCGAUAUCGAAUUUCGUGAUGUCAGUUAUACUGUGCCUGAAGGAAGAAAAGAUUCUAAAGUGAUAUUGAGGAAUGUUUCCGGUCACUUCAAAGCUGGACACUUAACUGCAUUACUGGGGCCAUCCGGGGCAGGAAAAAGUACACUUCUGAAUAUAUUAGCAGGUUAUAAAAGUGACAGUGCAACAGGACAAAUUUUAAUAAAUGGCAAAUCAAGAGAUCUUAAACAAUUCAGAAAAAUGUCGAGGUAUAUCAUGCAGGAUGAUUUAAUCCAACCAAUGUUAACAGUAAGAGAAUCUAUGAUGGUAGCAGCGAAUUUGAAAUUGGGAUCCACUUUAGUAAAAUCGGAUAAAAUCAAAGCGAUUAAUGAAAUAUUAGCGUUAUUAAGAUUAGACAAUGCAAGCAAUACCAGCUCCAAUCGAUUGUCUGGAGGCGAAAGGAAAAGAUUAUCAAUUGCUCUAGAAUUACUGAAUAAUCCCCCCGUUUUAUUUCUAGACGAGCCAACAACAGGAUUGGAUGACCUUUCAUGUUCUCAGUGUAUAAGAUUAUUAAAGAAAAUUGCGGAAGGUGGACGCACAGUAAUUUGUUCUAUUCAUACGCCGAGUGCCAAACUGUUCUCUAUAUUCGAUAUCGUUUAUGUAUUAUCCGAUGGUCAAUGUGUUUAUCGGGGUUACGGUCCGGAAGUUGUGAACUUUUUGCUUGAAAUAGGAAUCGAAUGUCCAAAACAUUAUAAUCCAGCUGAUUUCAUCAUGGAAAUUUGCUGUAGUGAAUAUGGAGAUUUCCAAGAUCAAAUGGUAUCCAUUAUAGAAAAUGGCCGAAAAAAUUAUACAAAAAUGGAGCAUACUCGUAUUGAAGAAAAUAACGAAGACGUUAAUGCUCACUCUAGUAUUUCAUCAAUAGAAGAAGUAUAUGCCGAGUUAAGUUCGUCAAACUUUACUCAUCAGUCAAGUUGGUUUAGUCAAUUUUGGAUUCUUACCACUCGACUGUGGUUGCAGAUGUGGAGAGACCAGAUGUAUCUUUUGAUGAGAGCAUGCUUGUAUACAUUGGUUGGACUUUUGGUGGGUACGCUAUAUUAUGGAAUGGGGCAAGAUGGUUCUAAGACUAUAUUCAAUUUUGGAUUCUACUAUUGCUGUAUCAUAUUUUUUAUGUACAUACCAAUGAUGCCUAUUCUAUUACAAUUUCCUCGAGAAAUACAACUGGUAAAGAGAGAGCAUUUCAACAAAUGGUAUAGAUUAAGUGCUUAUUAUUCAGCACUCUCAGUUUCUACAAUUCCCGUUCAAUUAAUACUUGGAUUAAUUUAUAUGGGCUCCGUCUAUCUCUUGACAGAUCAACCCUUAGAGGUACACAGGAUGGUGAUGUUUUUCAUCAUUUGCAUUUUAACCAGUGUAGUUUCUGAGAGUCUUGGACUUCUUGUGGCAGCUCAACUAAAAGUUGUAAAUGCCGUAUUUAUGGGUCCAGUAGUUUCGGUUCCUUUCAUGCUAUUGGCCGUCUACGGAUUUGGUUCUGGUUAUGAUACUGUACCAACGAUAAUAAAAGUCUUCAUGCAAUGUAGUUACCUUCGAUAUUCCCUAGAAGGGCUAAUACACGCUAUGUUAAAAGAUAGAGAGAAAUUAUCUUGCCCUGAUACUUCAGAAUAUUGUAUAUAUACUGAUUUGAAUUUCUUCGUUAAAGAUAUGGGUAUGGAAAAUACUAUAUUUUGGGUUGACGUGUUGGCACUCACUUUUAUUUUAAUUCUAUUUAGAGGUAGCAGUUAUUAUUUGCUACGACAAAGGUUAACACCAAGUAAAACGUUUAUAGCUUUAAAAUAUGUAGGUAGUAUAGUAAAAUCUCAUAUUGGUAUCACACGGUGAUAAAGACUUGUAAUAAAUUGAGUCUUAUUUUUUUCUGUGUAUAUGCAAUAUUUUAAUAAUAUGGAAUAGGGUCUUAAAUGAUGGUAGAUAAUAAUAAAUAGAUGUCUCGACAUUAUUUUUUAAUUACUUUAAAGUAUGAAUUGAGUUAUUUUUCAUUUGCUCAUUCCCAUCACAAAUAAAAUAGACUGGGGAUAUUAGAGUGUGAAAGUUGGCAAUAAAAUGUCUUAGAAAUGGGGAGAACAAAUAUAACAGUGAUUUAUGACCAUUUCAAAAGAAUGCGAACAAGAUAUUUUCUUAAAACUGUAUUUGUAUUUAAAUUUUCUAGUCCAAUAUUAUUGUUAGUCUCUCAUUUCAACAUUUUAUUCAAAUUCCCUCUUCACUUUAUUUCUCAUUGUAAUGAUAUAGUAGAAUUAAGACCCACUUCUCAUCUUUCUCUUUAGGCCGUUUGACAUGAUGAAAGACAACGUGCAAUGCAAUGCAAGACUCAAUAUUUUUUUAUCAAAAGCUUGAGCAGAAGGAUUUCGGGUAAUUGUUACAUGCAAGAUCUCGCACUCGCAACAUUAUUGGUGUGAUCAUUUUUAUUGCAUGUACGUUACAAGUCUAGGGAGAAAUGAGCUUCUGAUCUGCUGAUACUACGUCUCUCGCCAAGGAUUUCUUAGUUAUCUCCUAUUUUAUUUUCCUUAGGAGUUUUUCAAAUGUUUUUUCACCUAAUCUCCAUAUGUUUUCUAACCCAAUGUCAUAGCUAAACUCAUGUUUCCUCUUGUUCUAUAUAGCCAUGUCCUGGCUCACCAUCGCCUGGGUGCUCUUUUCUGUCCAUCACACUCCAGAAGCAAGGUAGCAGACGAUAUAAUUAUUGCUAGUGAUUCUCCUUUCUCUUGUUUAUUUCACUUAGUUUUUUGUAUUUUCAUUUUUAAACCGCUCACAUAUAUUAAAUAAAAUGCAUUAUUAAUCUAUGCAAAUAUUGACUUUGCAAUAAAUUACAUCAUGUCAAGCGGCCUUAACUGUUUUAAAUUUUGUUGUUUCUUAUUAGAUCCAACAAUGGAAUGCUCCUUAUAUCUAACCUUUCUCAAUUUUCUGAUUAAUUAUUUUGAAAAUAUCUGAUUGAAAUCAAAUUUGUGCUUCUUCUGUCGAAGAGCCAAAAGAAUAAUGAGCAGAUCACUUAAUUAGCUAUCUAGACUUUUAAAGAGUCAUACAUAAAUAAAAUUCAAUGUGCAAUGGAUGCUAAUGAUUAAACAAUUAGAAAAUAAUAUGAGAAAGUUAUCCUCCGUUUAGGGAAAAAUUUUAAAUUAUUUCCCACCAUAUCUAGAUGUGAUUAUUGGUUCCUAGUUUACAAUUCAAAUAACAUCUUGUGAUCGAAUCAUUUGUUUCAAAGUACAUGCUAUUGCACUUAAACAAUACAAAUUGGAGUAUUCAAUUAUUCAUAUAUCACAUUAUAGGCAAAAAUUCAAAUUCUAUCUGUAUGUUGUAGCUGUAUGUGCAUUUCUGCUUGUAUUUGCUACAAAUGGACAUAUGCAGGUGAAUAUUGUGUGGCUUUUGACCUCUAAAUAUGUUCUAGACAACAUUUAAAUCAUUUAUAAACAAUUUCUUGCAGUUAUUACUUGAAUGUCAGUGUACAUCAUCAAAUUCUUCCCAGUACUUGCUAGUUCGUAUGCUGCUUUGCAACAUAAUCCAUUUGUUUGAGCCACCUAUAGAGCUUUCGUUACUUAAUCACAAAAAGAUGACAAUUUUAUUUUUUUAUGAAGGUGGUUUUUUGAAUAUCUACCAAAUUAGUUUUUGACCAGAUUCCUCAUUUUCAACCUUUACUUCGUAAUGAACACCUUUCUUUGUAAAAUGAUAUAUAUUUUCAAUUCUUGUCUUUUGCAAAAUUAUUAGCUAAAAAUUCAUUACAUUAACAUUUGUUGCACAAUUGUUCACACCAUUUAUUUCACAGCCUUCAAGAUAUCAUUUAUUUUUCUAGAAAUAUUGAUGUUAGUUACUUUUAUAUGAAGUGGACGUGAGUAGAAAUCAUUUGGUCUUCCAAAGUAAUUAGUUUAUUAACUAGUAGCAUUUAUUGUUAAAAAAUUAUCAACUAUACAAAUGUGAUACCUAAUUCGGAUCAGUAAUGAAAAAUGUACACAUUAUAAUUUAAGAGAUAUUAUAUUGAAGUUAAGCAAACUGUUGUUUCAGCUUUGUACCUAUAAUGAAUGUAUUGUUAAUUAUUUAUAGAGUACUAUUUCAAUUGAUAAUUUAUUUUUUAAAACUAUGAGUGUUGUGGGAGAACCAGAAGGAAAAAAUUGCCAAAGUUAAAAUAUCUAAGUAUGUUUAUAUUAUGAAAUUAAAACGUUUAAAACCA